AUGUUAAGAUCUACAACCCUUAGAGCCGCCAGAGGACUGUUAAGAAGGAAUGUUGGUCUUCAAGCCGGAACACCCGCUACUAAAAUUGCAAGCGUAGGAACUUUGAAAUCCAUUUCUGCUAUUAGACACAUCUCUAAUGAACCAACCAAGACAUUUACGAGGUUAUCUAAUGCUUCAGAUAAACAAAGAGACCAAAUCUUCAAUUACACUUGGGGUUCUUGGUUAAAAAAUGACAAACUAGAGAAAGAAAGAAGAACUACCCAAUUUUCUAUUGAAGGCCUAAGCAAAGUCAUUAACAAUCUAUAUAUCGAAUCAAAGGAAAUCUCAAAAUUAGAUCCUAAAACCUUAGGUUCUAUCAAAGCCCAUAAAGAUUCUACUGUAACUUUGCCAAAUAAUGUUAAUAUCAAGAACUUAGAUGUUUUAAAUGCUAACGAAAAACAAGUUCAGCUUAAAACUAUAUCCAGUUUCCACGAAGGUAAACACCAUAGAAUAUACAAGAUAGAUACUAAUUUACCAGGAAAGUCGUUGGUUUUGCGUAUUCCUUACAAUAUUGACCCAUCCAAGACUAUUUCCAAUAGAAUCAAGAGUGAAGUUGCCACUAUGAAUUUCGUCGCAACUAAAUGUGGUAUUAAAACUCCUACUGUUUAUAUGUACUCUGAGAAUUCGGCUAACCCUGUUGGCACACCAUUCAUUCUUGAAGAGUUUAUUGACGGUGAACUUUUGAUGAAACAAUGGGACCCACUUUGUGACGAUGGAACAAACAGUAAACCACCAGAACAAUUGAAGAAAGUUAUUGAUAUAGUUGCUGAUUUCCAUUCCAAAUUGAAUUCCAUUCAAUUUAAUACCGUUGGUUCUUUAUACUUCAAAGAAGAUGUUGAUUCAAAGAUUUUAAAUGACAAAAACACUGAAAUUAUUGAUAACAAAUGGGUUGUUGGACCAGUCAUGGAGAGAUCUUUCUGGAGAAAAAAGAAUGGAUUAAAUGGUGAAAUUGACACUUAUCUAGGUCCAUGGAAUGAAAAAGGUGGCUCAAUUUCAAGCAUUAUCAAGAAUUUGGGUUCAAUUGAACACGAAAACGCCAAAGGCCGUGCAAGCCUGAUCGAUGCAAAUAGUUCAUCUGAGAUCGCAAAGAAGGAUGUAAUUAAUGACCAAAUUUCAACAUUUGACAGAUUAACAAAGAUUGCCCCUUACCUAUUCAAUUUAAGUUUAAAGGAUAACAAAACAGUUCCAAACUUGGAAGAUUUGUUAAAAUCAAGUAUAUAUGAUCCCGAUUUAGAUCCAAUGAACAUCAUUGUUUCAAAGACCGAUGGUACUCCAUAUUUAUUAGAUUUUGAAGGCUCUGUCGUUAAACCCUUUAUUUUACAGAGCUCCCCAAGAUUUGUAGAAUAUGAUGGUCCAAAGAUUUACAACAUCAAAGAUGAAAUUCCAGAUUUCGACAAAUUGAGUGAAAAUGAAAAAGUUCAGUGCCAAUUCAUUUACAAAAGAACUCGUAAUCAAUAUCUAUGGGAAAAUGCUUUGAAUGAAAGAAAUCCAAACUUGAUUGUUUCAAUGGCUCCACCAAUCAAAUUAUUAAGAAGUCCAUACGCGGCAGCAAACGAAAGGAAAACAGAUCAAGAUUACCUAUUAAUUGACGAGAAUUUGUUGCAAUUAAAACAAAUCUGGAGUGAAUUAUUCAAGAAUAAACUUGUCUCUGAAGAGAAAUUCCCUCUAGAAUAUACAGAAGAAGAAAUUAAGAAGCACGUUGAGGAUUUGGCUAAAUUACAAGAAAAACUAGUCACUACUCCUUUCGCAGCCACCCAAGGUUGGAUUCCACAAGAUAUGUUUGAUAAUUUAGUCAAAAGUGGUUUGUUGAUCCAGGAAAGUAAUGGUGAUUAUUCUUUCAAGCCUGUUCUUACUCCAGAACCCACCGAAUCUGACAAAGGGACUCCAUCGGAAAAUAAAUAA